GAUCAUUUUCCUAAGCGAGAGGGCGAGAGGAGAACAAGAAAAACUGAAAAGCUUAUCUAGGCACAAACUUACACAGCUGAAAACCUUGGGAGAGCUAUGAAGUGUCUCAUCUAGGGGAGAUGCUGAGAAUAUCAGGUAAAUCUACCUCAAUAGACAACCUCUCCAGCGUUAGUACCAUGGAUUACUGGUUUGAUAGUUCUAGUGGAAAAAAGCCCAUUUACAUGAAACGACUAUUGCAGCUUAUAUUCAAAACUCCUGCUCUGCAAUAUUCAUCAACAGCUCCAGAGCACCGCCCAAUGAUCCUGUAGGGUACCAACCCGCAAAAAUGCUAAUCAAGAA